CUGCGCAGCGCAACUAAUUGCUUUUCAAUCGCUCGACAGAUGACUACUAAUAACACAAAUCUCGUCAUUUCCUUAUAGUUCAGUAUUGCUUUCACGCAGGUGUAACUCCACACAUUCGUCUCAAUCCACGCGACUUAUACUUGAGAAAGAGCACGGAGCUCAAGUGGGAGAUUCACGCUGAUUUGGCUCUGCAUAGUGCGCUACGGUCAUGGCUCGAGGUCCCGUUUGCGGCGUUGAAAACUGUCGAUCAAGAAGGUACGACGAAGGUGAAGAUGGUUUUCAGUAUUGUGAAAAUGGACAUCGUCAAGGCGUGCUGCUUCGUACUGAGGAAGAUGAUGAUGACUUUGCCACGGGAAGGAGAACAGUUACGCACAUAAACAAAGACGAGGAGGAGCAGAAGAAAAUAGCAAGACAUUUCAGUGGUCGACAAGCUUUAGAUUUACAUCUCAAAUGCCUACAACUAAUCCUACGGCACCAGAUCUGGUUCUUGGUAAAAGAGAAAGGUUUGCCAGCAGAGCUCGAGACUGUGAUAUUCGACCUAUGGUCUUUACGUAUAGCUCAGUUCGGCGACAAGAUCGCAAGGCAAGACCAGGAGUCAGAGUCACAAUCUCAGGUAUACAACACUCUAGAAACCGACGACAGCGAUACGGACGGCGAGAAAGGCACUCUCAGAACGCCCAAGGGCAGAGACAAGAAGCUCGGAAGCGUGCCAAACCUGAUCGACUGUCUGGCGUUGUGCUAUCUGGGGAUGAUCACGCUACGACUUCCUGUCACGCCGGGCGACAUCUACGUUUGGAUCACAGAUGGUAAGAUGGCGUAUAGAAGGGCUAUCAAACUGCUACCGCUCGCGAUGAGAGAUCGCCUGCCACCUUCAUAUCACUCGGUUCUGGAUCCGAGCACGUUGCUCAAACACAAACGUCUAUACGCCACGAUCACCGAUCUACAAAUAAGUUUUGAGAAAGAUUAUGCAAUCUCCUGGCCUGCUCUCAACGUCCAGUUGCUCCUGUUCCGCUACCUGAAAGAACUGGCCUUACCUCUUGAACUCUACGACGCAACAAUCCGACUGAGCGAUCUCCUUGGAUACAGUUUUGUAUUGCGACAAGAUGGAAAUAAGAGACUUGGCAUUCGACAUCUGCCUGAAGCACAACUCGCUGGUUGUCUCGUCGUGUGCGUUAAGCUCCUUUACCCACUCGACGGUGAAGAGCGGUACCCGAAGUCCUCAUCAGAGCCUACAGCGACUGUGUUGGACUGGGAUGCAUGGUGUCGACAGAUGGAAACUGUAAAGGCCAAGCAGCGAGGUGGUGACACUCGCUUCACGACUGAGGAGAUGACAAAGUUGGAGGAGAAGGAUGUCUUUUCAAUGUUGGGUGAUCAAGUCGAUCAGUACUUGGGAUUCUAUGCCGAUACGUUCCUCGAUGAUGCAGAGAUCCAGAGGACGAGAGAGAAUGAUGAUUUCCGGAAUGCGCUAUACGAAAUGUUCCCAACCGAUGGAAAGAGUCAUGGGUCUUCGACUACGGCUGUCGAAGAGGUGUCAAUCCAGGAAAGACUAGAUGUAGUCAAGGCAGUGCAUAGCAGCAUGAGAUCAAGGGCAGCUGUGGGCGAUGAUGAUGAUGCCCAGGAGGAUGUUCUACGACCGGGCGAGGCGUACCGAUUGUACAAGAAAGAGCACGACCUGCCAGGUCAAGCCAAGAUAUUCUACGAGGAGGUUGCGAGGAUGGUGGGGUUGUCAAUGGAUAUGCUAAUCAUGGCAGUGUUAUUCACUGAGGCUAGGAUAGAACAAUGGCGGAGGCGCGUAGCACGAAAGGCGGUGGACAAUCCGACCGACGAAUGAGCCUCUAUGAAUGGAGUGAUCCGUUCGACAAUAUUUGGUAACAGUCCUGUGGCAGUAAAGCAAGUAGAAGAGUUGAAAGUUAAGGUACGUGUGCUUAGUCGCGAUAUCCGUGGAAUGCAAAUUCG